GGAAAUUUGUUAAGUGAAUGACGUCAGAUGUCAAUGUCGGCGUACACAGACGAUCGCCAGCGCAGGUCCUCCUGAGUAUGUGGAAUGGCAAUCUCUAUUGCAGUCCUAGACUGUGACCUGCUGCUGCAUGGCCGUGGGCACAAAACACUUGAUCGAUUUGAUAUUGAGACAGUGUCAGAUGAAUUUCUGCUGACAACAUUCGGCUUCCCACGUGAGUUCAUUUAUUACCUGGUGGAACUGCUAAAGGACAGUUUGUUGAGACGGACACAGAGGUCACGAGCCAUCAGCCCAGAUGUUCAGAUACUCGCAGCCCUGGGAUUCUACUCAACCGGGUCCUUCCAGAGCAAGAUGGGAGAUGCGAUCGGCAUCAGCCAGGCCUCCAUGAGCCGUUGUGUUUCUAACGUCACUAAAGCUCUGAUUGAGAAAGCACCAGAGUUUAUUGGCUUCACUAGGGAUGAGGCCACCAGGCAGCAGUCUAAAGAGGAGUUUUACCGAAUAGCAGGAAUUCCUAAUGUCUUGGGAGUAGUGGACUGUGCGCAUAUAGCCAUUAAAGCUCCCAAUGCAGAUGACUCUUCCUAUGUAAAUAAAAAAGGAUUUCACUCAAUCAAUUGCCAGUUAGUUUGCGACGCCAGAGGACUGCUGCUGAGCGCUGAGACACAUUGGCCAGGUAGUCUGACAGAUAGAGCUGUCUUUAAGCAAUCCAGUGUGGCAAAGCUGUUUGAAGAGCAAGACAAUGACGAAGGUUGGCUUUUAGGUGACAACCGUUACCCUCUAAAAAAGUGGCUGAUGACUCCAGUGCAGAGUCCAGAGUCCCCUGCUGACUACCGCUAUAACCUGGCUCACACAACGACGCACGAGAUUGUGGACCGCACAUUCAGAGCCAUUCAGACACGUUUCCGGUGCCUGGAUGGGGCAAAAGGUUACCUGCAGUAUUCCCCAGAGAAAUGCUCACAUAUCAUCCAGGCCUGCUGUGUGCUACAUAACAUUUCUCUGCAGUCUGGCCUUGAUGCCUGGACUUUUGAGAGGACUGAGGCCACAGACCAAUCAGGGGAGGAUAUUGAUCCCACUGACACUGUCGACCCAGAGGCUCUCAGAGUUCGACAGGAACUCAUCCAAAAUCAUUUCAGCUAGGAUAGAAUAUGGAAUUCAACAUUUAAUUUUUUUUAAAGAUACACAUGCUAUUGUCUUCCUGUAUGCUAACAUUUUGUUAAGGAAUAUUCCAUCAAAAAAAAAAAAAUUCUAAAUUCUGUAAUUUAAUCAUAAUUUAAUCAUUUUACUCGACCUCAGGUUGUUCCAAGCUCAUAAGACUAUAUUUCUUCUGUGGAAAAUAAAAGUAAUAUUUUGAAGAAUAUUUUGGUCACCACUAUAAUUGUCAAGCAAGUAAAUAAAUAAAUAAAUGAAUAAAUACAAACAAUGCGAUGUUUCUCAAAAUAUCUUCUUAAUGUUCCACAGAAAAAAAGAAAGUCAAAGUUUAGAAUAACUAAGUGAAUGAUGAUGGAAGUUUUGGGGUGAAUUAUCUCUUUAUGAAUGUGAUGUUUGUCACUCUUUAAUGGUCCUGUGAACACAAAAACUGCAAAGCUGGAUUAUUAUUUAUUUUUUUUUUUUAAUUAGUAUUUACAAAUACUUUAGGAAUGAAUGGACAGUGUCUUUUAUUACAAGUUACUGUCAUUUUAAUUUCGUUGUUUUUUUUAUACAGCAUUUUACUGAAAACUGAUAGACCUGUAAAAUUAUUUAAUCAAUAAAUAAGACCUCAACA